AGACGCAAAUGGAGAGAGGGAGGAGAAUGGAUAAGGGAUAUACGUAACUAGAGCCUCAAUUGUGGCAGCGAAAAUAAUAUAGAACACACAGUAGGCUACAGAAAGUAACAUCAAUAUGCGGGACUAGGCUGGAUAAGAGAAUAGCCUAUGGAUUAAAUAGUCUACCAAAUUGGGUUGACCAAUUGUAUCACCUGCAAUCAUUCUUUCAACGCUGUGGCCCUUGAUACAUUGUUUUUAUUUUCAAGCAAUAAUUUUGGAAACAUUUUGCGCUACGACGACUCGUCGCCUCUGAGAUCCUGCUAUUUAAAUAUAGGCCUACAUAAAUGUUAUAGGAUAUAUAUUUUUUUGUUGGGGGGGGGGGUUCACGAUCUGCAUCCACUCUUAUGGCAAUGUCGAUAACACCGUGAUCUUAACUGUGGCUAAACCGGUCGACAUACAUCAUUGUGGUGGAGUUAUCUGUGACUUCCGUAGCUACGGUACUGCCUGGGUUGAGAACUCUUUCCAGCGAUGUUCUCACAAAUACAUGUUUCCUAAUAAUUGGACUGUUCUACCCAGACCAUAGCCACAAUUCUAAACCAAUAGAGAGUGAGUGUGGUUACCAGCAGAAGAGACCAAUAAGGCUUUCCUGCAGCACAGCACACAGUGACCAUGUCUUCCAGGGAGCGUCGGUCAGAACUGUACAUCAAGGCAGAGCCCAGCAGUCCAGAUGGAGGUGGUGGGGGCCGGGCCAGCCCAGGGGGAGCCUCCUCAGACUCCUCCCAGAGUGGUGGAGGUGGAAAUAGAAGAGAUGGGGUUGGGCGCUACUCACCCCAUCUGUACACCCCAGCCCUGCGCUGCCACUUCAAGGAGGAGGGUGGGGACGGGGCAGAGGAGGGAUCCACAGGUAGCGGAGGAGGGCGGUGCAAGUAUGCCCUGAGCACGCUACCUAAGAGACUGUGUUUAGUGUGUGGAGACGUAGCCUCUGGCUACCACUACGGUGUAGCCUCGUGUGAAGCCUGCAAGGCCUUCUUCAAGAGAACCAUCCAGGGUAACAUUGAAUAUAGCUGUCCGGCGUCAAACGAAUGUGAGAUCACCAAGAGGCGCAGAAAGGCUUGCCAGGCGUGCCGCUUCACCAAGUGCCUCAAAGUGGGCAUGCUGAAAGAGGGAGUCCGUCUGGACCGAGUCAGAGGAGGGAGGCAGAAGUAUAAAAGACGUCCAGAGGUGGAGAGCGCGACCUAUCAGAGUGCCGCUUUACCGCUUAGGAAGGAAGGGGAGAAAGGAUCCUCCAGCAUCAUUGUGUCCCACCUCCUGGUGGCAGAGCCAGAGAAACUGUUUGCCAUGCCUGACCCCCUGCAGCCUGAUACGGCUCAGCGCACACUCACCACCCUCUGUGACCUCGCCGACCGCGAACUGGUCGUCAUCAUCGGCUGGGCCAAACACAUCCCCGGCUUCCUGUCGCUGUCCCUGGCAGACCAGAUGUCGGUGCUGCAGUCGGUGUGGCUGGAGGUGCUGGUGCUGGGUGUGGCCUUCCGCUCCCUGGGCUGUGAGGAUGAGGUCGUGUUCGCUGAGGACUUUGUCCUUGACGAGGAGAUGUCUCGCGUGGCUGGACUGACAGAGCUCAACGCAGCCGUCAGCCAGCUGGCCCGACGCUUCCGCUCCCUGCAGCUGGACCGGGAGGAGUUUGUCAUGCUCAAAGCCAUCGCACUCACCAACUCAGACUCUGUGUACAUAGAGGACAUAGAGGCGGUGCAGAAGCUGAGGGACCUCCUUCACCAGACCCUGUUGGAGCUAGAGUGCCAGCGACGCCCCGAGGACCCCCAGCGGGCGGGCCGUCUCCUCCUCACCCUCCCCCUUCUCCGCCAGACGGCUGGUCGCGCCCUCACCACCUUCUACAGCAUCAAGACCCGAGGCGGCGUGCCCAUGCACAAACUCUUCCUAGAGAUGCUGGAAGCCAUGAUGGACUCGCCCUAGAGAGAAGAGAGGAAAGCCAAGGAAAGAGGAUGCAAGGGCAUGAGAGACAGGGAAUCUGCAAAGAAUGAAUGGCUGGCUAGUGUGAUUGGAGAAGUUUUUAUUCGAUUUUGAUAAUGAAGAAUGUGGAGAUUGUCUCUGGAUUGUUUUUGUUUUUUUAUCAUCGACCUCUUCAGAGAUUCAAGUGUGUUUAAAAACAGAGAGAACCCAUGUACAUUUAUUAGAUGCCCUCUGUGGAGGUUGAUGGUGGAAUAUAACUCCUUAAUACAUGACCGCCAAACUUUGUUGAAAGACUCCAAGACUCGGUCAGUUCAAAUAUGGGAAUAAACUACAUCCAAUCAAUCUGAAUGACAGAAUCAUAUUAGAUGUCCACUAUCCCUAACCUUCAGAUGAUAAACUACUGAAGGACUGCAGUGAGAUAUCUAAGACCAGACUGUAACCUUGUGGCUAAGACUUUAUGGCGAACGAUGCAAUUACCUCCCUCCACACAAAAGCCAUACUAAAAUACCAGACAAAGAAAUAGCCAUUGGCAAUGACUGCAGUAUGGGGUCAGACCGACAUGCACCCAUAAGAGUAUUUGUAGGUUUCUCUACAUACACAGUCUUACAAUGCAUUCAUAUGAAUUACUUGCAAUGUGUUUUUAAGCAAUACUUUACAAUUAAUUGCAAGAAAAAUAAUAGUUGUGACUCGUAUGGCAAUGACUGGCUAUACAUAUAGGCUUAGGUGGCCAGGUGGGUGUGGAAAAACUGCUUUAUAAAAGGCUGUGCAAUUGAUUAUUAGUCUAAGAAAAGAAGAGUAUUAUGAUUGUCAACAAAAUGUUGAUGUGUCUCUUUACUUGGGAGUUGUUAGAUUUUAUUUAUACUGUAAGUAGACUCAAUGGGUACACAAAAAAUGGAAUACUGCUCAAGUAGUUGUGUGCGAGACAGAAGGGAAGGUUUACUGCAGUGUUGGCACCACAUUGAAGCAAUGAAGGUGCAGCAAAAUCAGGGGGGGGGGGGGGG